AUGGGCAAUGCUCAACCGCGUCAAUUGGAGGCUCGCAAUGCCGGAAAUCGACGUAGCAGCAUCCUUUGGAAUUUUCGUUAUCCUAAUUCGACGCGUCGUCGUGAGGAUGUCACUGUAAUUGUCCACAAUUGUCGACUUACCAUAUCCGAGUGGUUGGAUCUUCUAGAAUUGCAGCAAUAUGAAGUUAAUCUACAAGCUUACAGUACCGUAGACGAUGUAGUCGAUAUCAGUGACAAGGACUUAAAAGGAUGUGGCAUACGUAAUGCCAAUCAUCGUCAAAAAAUGUUGAAUAGUCUAUUGGGUGUGCGAGCAAAGCGUAGACAAUCUAUGAAUUUGGAAGCUUUAGCCUCAAGCAAUAGUAUGCCGCGUUCGAUGCCCCGUCGUAAGAAUUCCUGUCCGCUGGUCUUUCUAGAAGAAAGUUAUCUAGAUAUGGCUGGAAGUGCCGAUAGCGGAAACGGUUUGCCAGCAAAUGUGAUUACCACCAAGAGCGGCAAAGUUUUAAAGCAAUUAACUUUCGAUGAAACAACAACCAUUUAUGAGGAAUUAAGACCGCGCUCCAAGUGCAACAGUCCGCAUUGGGCCAACAACAUUGAUAACGAAAUGGACAAUAAUAGUAGCAGCAACGCUUCCACACCGAAUGCCCUUGCCACUUCCAAUCUCUGUAAUUCCAAUGAGCAACAGGAGGCCAUAGCUCUUAAGAAGGCUCUCGAAUGGGAACUUAGCUUGGAUGCCAGGGAGUUGCGUUCCCAUGCCUGGUAUCAUGGUGCAUUGCCCCGUCAAAGAGCCGAAGAGAUAGUCCAGCGUGAAGGUGAUUUUCUUGUCCGGGACUGUGCCUCCCAACCGGAUAAUUAUGUCCUAAGUUGUCGAAGUAAAUCAGCUGUUCUGCAUUUUGUACUGAAUAAGUUGGUCUUGCAACCGGAAACCGUUUAUGAACGUGUUCAAUAUCAAUUCGAGGAAGAUGCCUUUGACACUGUGCCGGACUUGAUAACAUUCUAUGUGGGCUCUGGCAAACCAAUAUCAGCUGCAUCGGGGGCUUUAAUACAGUUUCCUUGCAACCGGAAGUAUCCUUUAUCGUUUUAUGGUCACAAGAUUGUGGGCAAUCAAUUGCAUUCCCAAAUGUUGGCUGGUCUACGUGUUCUAAGUCCAUUGAACUCGCCACAAAGUAAUGGUGGGUCAGGAGGAAUAGGUGGAUCAACGGUGUUUCGAUUUGGUCAACUGGCCACAGAUGGACAACAACAACAGCCACAACAACAAUCGGCAGCAGUUUUGGGUUCACCGGCUAGCCCACAUUGCUCGCCGCCAAGAGCACGCCGUGAAGUUCCUCCACCGCCAAGGUUGCCUGGCAAGAAACAGCAGCGAUCCCAGAGUCUUACGCCUGCCCAGGCAAUGGUGGUUAGCAAUACAAUCAACAAGCAACAGGAGCAGCAGCAGCAACAACAACAGCAACAGCAACUGCAGCAGCAGGACUCUGGAGUAAAUGGCAAUGGUUUGGCUCGCUUUCAGACCAUUGCCCGAUGCAAUCCCACCAGUGAUCUUCAACAGCAAUUGGAAAGUAAAUUCACUACACACUCACUGCCAAGACCUAGUACAUCGGCAGCGCAGGCAUUACGUCAACAGGCAGCAGCUCGCAUAUCGAGUUUGGCCAGGAACUGUAGUCUAGACAUGGGCUCUGAAUCACGACCUCCGAGUCCACCGCCCAAGCCACGCAAGGAACACAUUGCCGUAUUGGCCUAUCAAGCUAGUGGCUCGGAUUCGGGCAAUGGCUCCGGUGACUCUGCCCUGGGAGAGACAAGUGAAUUGUGCAUUCAACGCGGCGGCGUCAUCAUCAAGAAUCCGAGAUUUAUGAGCAACUCCGCCUCGAAUGGUACCCUGAAAAGUUUCACAGAAUUCGAUGCCUUGGCAGUGGAAGAAAAUUUGUUCACUUUGGCCAUCGAGGAGGUUAAGAUGUCGAGCAAGUUUGAUUUUGAGAACUUUAGCACGUUGCUGCUGCCUUCGGUGGAGAAUAAACCCUUGGAUGGUGAUGCCUUGAAUACCUUCAAGAUGAUGCUUUUGGAAACGGGUCCCAAAUUGCUGGCCGAGCAUAUAACACGCAUCGAUAUAGGCCUGUUUCUGGAUGAGCCAGCAAAUGAAUUGGAUUACUAUCUAAGCUGUUCUGGUUUGGAGUUACUUACCCUACCACAUGGUAAAAUCUUUCGUGAUGAUAUUAUCGAGAGGACGCAGUGCCUCAAACUAAUGGUGGCCGUGACCAUUCUAACGUGUCAAACCGAUUUGGAUCGUGCUCAAUUACUAAGCAAAUGGAUACAAAUUGCUGUGGAGACAAAGACAGCUUUGGGCAAUCUUUUUAGCUUCUGUGCCAUUAUGUUGGGCUUAUGCAUGCAGCAGAUACAAAAAUUAGAUGAAGCCUGGCACAUACUGCGUCAAAAGUAUACGGACAGCGCUUUUACUUUUGAGGCCAAGUUGCGACCAACUUUAAUUAGCAUGAAUGAGGCUUCCAAUCCUCAGGCGCCAAAUACCACAGUUCCCCAUGUUUUGCUCUAUGCUUUGCUUAUAGAUCGUCCUGUUAUGGACAUAAUCAAUCAUUCGAAUAUUGAGGAUCGUCCGGCAUUGUAUUACACUUGUAUUGCUCCAUGGGAAACAAAAGCGGAUGAUUUUGGCAUGACUAUUAAUUUUCAACAUUUGGACGCCUCUCGUAGUUAUCUCAAGAAUUUGGAUUUAUAUCGCAAGAAUGCUAAAAUUAUCCUUGAAGAAGCCAGCACUAGAUUGGAUGAACUAUUAGCUGAUGCUUUUCGAACCGAAUUUCAUGUAAAGUUUCUUUGGGGCAGUUCAGGAGUCACUGCCAAAUCCGAGGAUCGUCAUGGCAAAUUGGAAAAGGUGCUAACACUGAUGGCAGAUAAAUUUUGUAGCAUCAGUGCCUAAAAAAAAUAGACAUAAACAACGAUAUUAAAUGGACUUUAGUUUAAGGCUAAACUGAUAAUAACAUAAUAAUAAUAAUAAUAAUUUUCCUACUUAAGUUUUGGCAUAUUUUCUACACCAUUUCUCUUUCUCUCUCUCUCUAUCAUUCUCUAUCAAUCUCUCCCUCCGCAAAUUUUGAAUUUCGUAUUGUCUACCUCAGUCUACCUAAACACACAAACACAUAAAUAUAUUAUGUAUAUGAUUUUUCGAAAGAAGCACUUUAUGUUACAGUUCAAAUAUAUAUUAAAUAUACCUACAUAUAUAUAUUAUAAUUUCUUUAAUUAAGCCAACUAUUAAGAUAUAGUAUAACAUUCCACAUAAUUAUAACUCUAAUCUAUAAAAAGGGGGGGACAGAAAUCAAAAAAAUAGACACCUAUUUAUAUAAUAUUAUUUAGCAGAGAUCUAUAUAGAACUCUCUAAGAGGGUCAAACACACAUACUACCAAAAAAAUUAAUUGAAAGCAUUUAAUGGAAUACUACUAAAUAGUAGUUGAUAAAACUAAUUAAAAUAAUCAUUACUAUAGA